AGCUAAUUACAAAGGCGGCCUGAGGCAGCCAAAAUAUUUACAUCGUUUGCACCAUUCGAGGCGGUUUUUUUGUUUUUUAAAAUGAUAGACGGCAACAUAUCAAUGGAGGAGGACACAGAAUUGAGGGAUUUGGUUGUGCAAACAUUGGAGAACAACGGAGUCCUCGCUAAAGUGCGAGCGGAAUUGAGGGCCAGUGUCUUCCUGGCGCUUGAGGAGCAGGAGUCUGUUGCGAAUCCUGAGCCACUUCUCAACAAAACAGUCAAACAGUACCUGUCAAAUUCGGAAGGAAAACUACUAUUUUCGUUAGUUAGAGAGUUUUUAGAAUACUUCGGACUGGAUUAUACGAUUUCAGUUUACGAUCCAGAGACUUACAUGGGAAAGGAGUACAAUUAUGUUGGGAGGAAUAAAUUGUGUGAGAAGCUAGGGAUCAGCACGACGGAACCAUUGCUCGGGGAGCUGCUUAAGACCAGCAUCAAUGGUGCCUUCAGUAAUUCUGAUAAGAAUGACUCAAACGAUAGCAGACUGAAUAAAACAAGUGAGACAACAACCCUAAACAACGCAACAUUCGAGGUAACAGCACCAAAAAUCAUUCACAAAGACUCAGUGUCAUUCUCAAACGACAACGACUCAUCAGACAAAGGAGAGAGUGUCUCAGAUAUGAGCCAGGACAUGCCAAUAAACGUGACAAUAACCGACAAAAAAGUCAACAAUUCUGAUAAAAAUAUCGAUAAAACGUCCACUAAUGCAAUGACAGAAACGUCGAGCUGUGAAUUGCGUAAUGAAUCGAGGGAUAGCACGAGUUUAACGAAAAUAAACGACAAAACGGGUAACAAUAAUCACGACGAUGCUGAGAGUAAUGAAAAUACUAACCCCUCUUCAAUAAACGACACGAAAUCAACGUCAAAUUCACUGAAUGACAGUGAACAUUUUAUUAAGUUUGAUGAUACAAUAGAAGAUAGUGGAGGUGUACGUAACGAAGAAAUUAGUAAAUCAAAAGCGAGAAAGGAUGUUGAAUUACAGAAUACGAAUAAUGCUCAAAACAGACGAAAAAUCGAUGGUGAAAAUAAUUUUAGUAAGAGUGUUUUCUUCGACGAAAUCAUUGCCGAUGGUAAGAGGGAGAAAGUGGGGAACCCUGCAGGGAACAAGGGGUCUUUGCUGGGCGAUUUGCCGGCGAUUGGAGCGAGGGGAAAUUCAAUCUUUGGUGAUUUGCCACCACUGAAUGGGAAAAAGACGAAUAUCAAUGAUUUGAAGAAAAUUAUGGAUAUGGGACUAGCUGGCGAGAAUGUAGACAAUUACGAAGAGGAUUUCGUCUCCUCGGCGUCAGGGAGUGCGAACGAAGCGAGCCCAGCUAAAGAGAGUGAGAGAAAAGCCAAUGAGUCCCCGGAGAUUCAGAAUCAAAAGGAGGAGAAGAGCAUCAGUGCGAGGAGUGAGGAGAUCAGCGAGGAGAUCGACGAAGAGGUACUCAGCGCCAAUGUCUCGUGCGUGAGUGAUCCUAUUGUCAUUUGAAGUAAUUAUCUUCAUGCAUUCAUGAGCCAUGUCGCAGGUGGACUAUUUUAGUCCUUGUCAAUUUUUUUUGUCGAGUUGUCUUGCCAUGAUGCUCCCUAAGAUAAAAUAUUACGAAUUUUGGAUUUUUCUCGGACAUAACUGAUUGCAUGUUUUGGUUUCUCAUUUUUAUAAAUUUAUUCAGGAGGAAAGCCCAUGAAAUGCGCGACUAUUGGGAACUAUUUUUCAACUAACUGGUCAAUUUAUGGAAAUUAUUCGAUAUCAAAGUUGCAUCAUCAGUCAAAAAAAUCAAUGAAUCGAAUGGGAAAUUAAAUUUCUUUUCAGUAAUUCCAAGAAAAACACAAAAUUCGUAUUAAUGAGAGAAUAAUUUUUGCAUUUCAAUCAAAAAUAAACAACUGAAAUACUGGAGAUACGACACUGCCAGAUGUGGCUCAAUAAUCGUUAAUAAUUUAUCUGCGCAUAGGAUAAAUGCAGAAGGGUAUGCCCCGACUAUUUAAUUUCCCAGUGGAUAAUUUCCCCUCAAAAUAUUUGUACAGUAUAAAAAAAAAAUGUGACUCCGGAGAUUGAAAAACCUGUCGAAAUAUUUUUGUACACGACUUCUAGGUAUUAAGAAACAGAUACUAUAUAAAAACAAUAAAACUAUUUUUUCCGAAAGCCACGAAAUAAAUAUUUAAGAGAAUAAUUCAGGAGUGAAGUGAUUUAACGACCGGAACAGUUCAUUGUCUCGAAUAUAUCCGAAUUUUUUAAAAUUCGGAUUUGAAGUUGCGUUUUAUCAAGUUACUUUAGAAUUCAAGAAAAAAUAUCGAACGCUGGGGGAUCCUUUCUGCAUUUCUUCUAGAAUUGCGUCUAGUAUUACUGUAUAGUACUAUUAUUGUAUUGAUUGUUUAAUUUAAAGGCGAUUAUUAUUAUUUUUAUGAUAAGAGUUAUAAAAACGGAAUUUCAGACUCAAAAAUGUCGACAAAUGCAUUUUUUUUGUUAACUUAUUACCAUUUCCACCAUAAUGCAUAUUAUCCUACGACUGUUAUAUGUAUUACCUCAUUUCUUAAAUAAAAAGUAAAUAAAUCGGUGAUGAAGUGGUGAAACGUAACAGAACAAAACAGAACUAGUCCAUUUCUAAAUAUUUUUCUUGUUGAAUGUUGAGUUUUACUCAAAAACCAGGGGUUUUACGAGAAAAUGUCUCCUAAGCUUUUUUGUAGGAAAUUUGAUGAUCUACAAUUAAUGCCUUAUCACAUUUUCCGGUAAACCACUUGCUAUUGAGAUAACCGCACACAUGAGAAGUCAAAUCAAAUUGUACUUGAAAAUUACGUUCUGUCACUCCAUCAUUGAGAUGAAUAAAAGUUAACUGCUAUGGUGUUCAAGGACACCAGUAAAUUAUCCGUCUAACGAAAAUGGAUUGCCUAGAAAUAAUGACGAAAAUGUUUUUGAAUGAACAAAAAAAUAAUAAAUCUAGUGGUUAUUUUUUUCUUGAAUGGUGCUAAGUAUUUGAAGGUUUAAUGAAAAUUGUCUAUGAGAGUUGAGUUAAGUGCUUAUCUAUUUUUCUUGAAACAAUUAACAAUUGAUGAGUGAACAAAAAUAAUAAGGGUUCAUGCUAACUGUGGAUUAUUGAGUUUUUGGGCAAUCCAAUAUUAAGAGUAAUUAAUUAAUGAAACUAGUACAAUCGAAUGAUGAAUUACGAAAUAAAGUGGAAUGGGGAAUUUUUUUAAAACAAAAAUCAAAUCGCUAUUUCUUGGUUUCUGUCACACGUUUAGGGCUCACCGAAGAGCUCGGUAAAUUUCCCAUUUGAAAUAAAGUUCUGAGUCAUAUUUACUCCUCCUCAGAAGUUACUUCCAUAAAUUUCCUCAUUCCACUUGGAAAAUAUAAUCAAAAAAACGAGUAAUUUAAUGAGAGAAUGACGAAUUACUUCGUUGGUCAGUGUUAAGGGCAACGUUCAAGCUUCGAAUGUGAAAUUCAAUUGUCUCAUACAAGGCUGCAAUUUUUUAUUUGAAAAACCCGCUGAACAGUUUUGGAGAAACAAUGAAUGAGCUUCGAUAAAUGCCAAUUUAUUUCCUGAAAAAUAAUUCGGCAGUGAAGUGGUGAAAGCUCAUCAGUUUUAGAGGUUAUGUCUCGCGAUUGUUAGUAACAAUGAUUGAACUAUUGAGAGUACAACUGCACCCUAGAUAUUUUUAAGAAACAAAAUGAAAUUUUCUCUGAAUUGCGUAGAUGAAUUGACGGGAAGCAUAACCCCUUUGUUGUACAUGAGCCAAUAUAAUGGAAUUUUUUUAGAACAAUUAAGAUCUUCAUCCCUUCACUGCUGAUGUACAAAUAAUCACUGAUUAAACUAAAACUGAGUGAAAGAACAGGUGUGUUCCUGGCCAAUCAGCGUGGUUACAUUUCGUUAUCGCCGUACCAUAAAAUAGCAAAACAAUCAGUCAUUUAUUUUUACAGAAAACGGAAUAUAAUUGAGAGAAAAAAAUAGAAAAAAAAACAAUAAACAAGGAACAUAUUCAGGACUGCAUUUCCACAUUCCCACAUGUAUGUAUGUGUGUAUAUUUUUUCUAGGCAUUAAGGCAGUACAUUCCAAUACGAUUUUACCCUCCACUUCGUUCAUAGACGUGACUAAACGUCUGUCGAAAUGAUUGUAUUUUUUAGGAUAGUUUCUAAGUAAAAUUAAUAGCUUAAGAUUUUCUUUUGCUUCUGAAGUGUCAAAAUAUUGAAUAGGACGAUUGAAAAUAGCUUCGUUAGAAAGUAAUUACUUAAUUUUCUGAUGAAGUGAUUUUCAAGCUGAAACUAGAGUCGACAGAUCAAUUUCCAGAUGAUUUCUAUUUUUUAUUUAAUAUUCCGCAACAAAUACAAUAUCUAAUCUGAAACCUCCUUUUUGCUCUAGUAAAAGUAUCUUAAAUAUAUAUUAUAUAACAUUUUUGUCACUCGGUGGCACGAUUGGCUUUCAGUUUUCUCCUUGGUACCAUUCGUCGCUCAUUUCUUCGCAGUAUAAGGACUAUCUGCUAAUGAGAAUAUUCCUCAAAUAUUAAAACGAAAAUUUUACUCGUGAUUUUACUUGUGAAUCAUCUGAAUCGUGUAUAGAAAUUUAGUGUUCUUAAUAAUAAUUAAUUAUCAUUAAUUACGAGUCAUAAUUAAUGAUUAUCAAUUAUUAGUCUCAUGCGAUUAAUUUUUUUCUGUAGAUUGAUAUUAAAUAAACAAAAAUCGUCGUCAUUUGGAAAUUGGGCUGUUUAGGCUGCUUGAGCUUCUCUGCGUAAUUUAUUAUGAUAUUUAAAAUUUUACUUCCUAGAUUUUUUAGACACUUAAUUGCUGAUAAAUAAUUGUUGUACUUACGAUGAUAAUUUUACUGGAUUUCUGUUCAAUGUUGAUAAUGACCACUGACGCGCUCGUGAAAAAUAUUUCUACACGAAUUUCUUUUUUUUUUUUCAAGUAUUAAAUCACUGUUGGCGAUAUUUUUCAUAAUACGACGGAUUAAAUUCCUCUGGGAUGAUCAUACUGUAACCACGUUGAAUUAUUGGUAGCUAUAUUGUGCCUUUUAGCCUAUUAGAUUCUGAAAUAUUUAAUCAUAAAGACAACGUGAAAACUGCGAUUAAGUAACUCAAGUGGAAUUGUUUAAUUCAAUUCACCGUUAAUUGUCCACAUUAUGAAUAAAACAAAAGUGUAAAUUUUCACGAUUCGAGAUGAAUUUUGGCAUUCGAUUUUAACAGUUUGCAUCGUUCAUUUAAAUUUAAUUGAUAUAAGUAUAUUUAAGAAUUGGAAAUUGCACUUUUAAGAAUGUUUUCAUGUACAUAGACUUUCCUUUUUUUUUCUAUUUCAUCUCAGUCAAUUUGGUGGUUGUUUUUGUGUUAAUAUAAAAAAUUAUAGAAUCAAAAUAUUUAAGAAUGGAGCAAAUGAAUCGUCUAUUGAAUAGCACUCCAUUGAUUUCAGUUUAUCUGGCCAUUGAGGACGAUUUCAGGAAUUUUUCAUUUUCUUUUUAAAGGGUGAACGCUAGAAAAAAUAUUAAACGAAUUUGUGAAUGAAUUUGUGUGCAAACAAUUGGUAGAAUUAACGAUGCUGUUCCUACGAGUAUAAUUGUAAAGCUCAUUGUAAUGAUUGUAAUUUCAACAGCUGAAAUAAAACAGUGUAUUUACAAAUAAA